UCACCCUGUUUCACUGACUACGACCGGACACCUCGGCCCUCUGACUCUCAACUGGACAGGUAACCCUUUUUAAGACGAGGACAUACUAAUUCAAAAACAGAGAAAUAUACAACAUGGCUGUUUUUUGACGUCUAACGGUCGGUCAGGAAAAUUCGCAACAUUUCACACUUACUGGUAAUACUUUCCCAGUUUCCAUAGAAACAAAAUGCCACGUGACCAGAGAUCAAGAAGAGCGCCUUAUGAGGUUGACGAGGGCAGCUCGACAGACAACGCCGCCUUUACAGGCCCGCGGUACGACGAAUGGGGGUACACGGUGCCCACAGCAAGGGGGCCACAGGGAGAAUACCGUCAUCAGCCGGUCCUCGCAUACUAUGCCGUGAAAGAUGGGUACUUCGCGGAACAAGGCAAGAGCUCCCCUCUCUCCACAUCCUCCGGCUCUGACAGCUACCAGGAGGUGUUCGGACAGAAGAAAAAGAAAGACACGAGGAGCUGUUCACCCUCUGCCGUUAUACCCAUAUUGAUAGCUCUGCUUGUUAUAGGCGGUAUCGUGGCCGCCGCUGUCUAUUUCGCAACGCGAAGUGAAAUGCCAUACACAGGGUCAGUUCAACCAAUAUCUCUUACCGGUCAGAUGACCAUAUCAAAUCAAAAUUAUUCCACUGCACUGGUAGAUAGGACAUCCGCACGAUUUAUAGCACUUGAGACGGAGUUUUGUAAAGGGGUGGAGUCAUCCGUCCAAGCUAGUCAGCUUAGCGGGUCCUAUAGCAGCUGCAGAGUUGACAGAUUCAGGUACAACCAGAAAAGCUCCAUGAGAGCGCAGACCUUCACAAAAGAAUACGAUUAA